GGCGGGGCUUGGGGCGGCCGCCGCCGGUGGGCCGCAGAUGAAGAGGAGGUGGCGGCCGUGGUGGAAGAAGAAGGGACGGCGGCGGAGGCGACGGCGGCGGCUGGGGGUAGGGAAGUCUGGAAACGCGAGCGGGGAUGGUAGGUGAUUUGGACCCGCCGGGCCGCCGUCGUUUCCAGCCAGAGUCUGACUGGAGGAACCUCUGGAGCAGCUGUUGGCUGGCUGCUCUGGCUGAUGGCAUGUUGAGGCACACGGGCCAGAGGCAGCGAGAGCAUCCGAUCCAGGGUGGGACGCUCUAGAGGCCAGGCCGCCAGCACCAUGGGCCAGUGCGUCACCAAGUGCAAGAAUCCCUCGUCGACCCUGGGCAGUAAGAAUGGAGACCGCGAGCCCAGCAGCAAGUCACACAGCAGGCGGAGUGCAGGCCACCGCGAGGAACAGCUGCCAGCCUGUGGCAAGCCAGGUGGGGACAUCCUUGUCAACGGGACCAAGAAGGCAGAGGCUGCCACCGAGGUCUGCCAGCUGCCGACAUCCUCAGGAGAUGCUGGGAGGGAGCCCAAGUCCAACGCUGAGGAGUCUUCCUUACAGAGAUUGGAAGAACUGUUCAGACGCUACAAGGAUGAGCGGGAGGAUGCAAUCUUGGAGGAAGGCAUGGAGCGCUUUUGCAAUGACCUAUGUGUCGACCCCACAGAGUUUCGAGUGCUGCUCUUGGCUUGGAAGUUCCAGGCUGCUACCAUGUGCAAAUUCACCAGGAAGGAGUUUUUUGAUGGCUGCAAAGCAAUAAGUGCAGACAGCAUUGAUGGCAUCUGUGCACGGUUCCCUAGCCUCUUAACAGAAGCCAAACAAGAAGACAGAUUCAAGGAUCUCUACCGGUUUACAUUUCAGUUUGGCCUGGACUCUGAAGAAGGGCAGCGGUCAUUGCAUCGGGAAAUAGCCAUUGCCCUGUGGAAACUAGUCUUUACCCAGAACAACCCUCCGGUUUUGGACCAGUGGCUAAACUUCCUCACAGAGAACCCCUCGGGAAUCAAAGGCAUCUCCCGGGACACUUGGAACAUGUUCCUUAACUUCACUCAGGUGAUUGGCCCCGACCUCAGUAACUACAGCGAAGACGAGGCCUGGCCAAGUCUCUUCGAUACCUUUGUGGAGUGGGAAAUGGAACGGAGGAAAAAAGAAGGGGAAGGGAGAGGUGCACUCAGCUCAGGGCCCGAGGGCUUGUGUCCUGAGGAGCAGACUUAGUGGCUCUGUCCCAGGAGCAGCAGCAAGGACCUGCCCGCUGCCCUGCAGCCAACCAAGAAAUUGGACCUUUCUGGAAAUUACUGAAGAUCCAGAUAUUUUCUACUUUACACCUUUCUCUGCCUUGUAUCUGAAAGGGCUCUAAAAUGCUGUAUCAUGUUUUAGGCACUUUCUUCACCUUUUUUUUUUUUGGGGGGGGUUAUUUUGGUUAUUUCCUUUUGGGGGGGAAUUCCUCCAAAAUAUUUGAUCCUGGCUACAUGUUGUGUAUCUUUUUUUUAAAUUUUAUUUUAUUUUAUUUCCCUUCCCUAAAGCCUUCAGAUAGAAUAAGCCUGCCAUUUCUUGCACAAAUCGGACUUUUUUUUUUUUUUUUUGGUGGGGGAGGGUAUAAACUGGGAGAGGGGAAGGGACGGACCUUAUUAGGUUGAAUUAACAUUACAAAAUGAUACAGUGCCAGGUCUCAGUUUUGCAUAUUACUUUUUCUUCAGGGCAGGUUUUUACUGUGUGUAGUGCUGUUUACAUGGUUGAAUUUAGGUUAUAAUAAUUAUUUUUAAAGAUUUACACAGAGUUGAAUAGCAGUGUUAACUGUUAACCACAUUGCAUUAACUUCCAGGCGAUGCCAGAGCUCAUUGGGCAGCCCAGGCCAGCCAAGAGCGUUUGUAGUCUGGUGACAAAACCCCCAUCUAAGCUAAUUUAUCUGAAACCCUCAUUUUCCUCACUCAUUCCUUCUUUGACCUAUUGCAUCUCACAUUGAGUUUCUCCAUCAACAUUGCUGCACCUGUCAGUCAAGCAAGCAGUUUUUCUAGAACACGUACUGAGAACCACUUAAGCAUUGAAUGCAGAGAAAGCAGUGCUACCUCAGUUUUGCUGGAAGUAGACUUUGAUAGUUUUCUUUGAUGAACUUCCCGUAUUUUCAUGUUGUAAGUGGAAAUACAUUUUUCUUUCUUUUUUAAAUAAUUUGCCUUGGAGCCAAAGUUGUUUUUGUUCCUGGUGGUCAGAAAACUCAGCCUGCUGACCAGCUGACUUGAAGGAAAACUGUGGUAUGGAGCUCUGCUUGAAUUUUCUUUUAUAAAGUUCUUUUUUUUUUUUUCUCUUUGUAUUAUCCGCUUACUUGUCUGGCAAGUGCAGAAUCCUGGGGCUGGCUUGAACUCUGCCAUACAAACAGAGAAAUGUAUUUAAUAGUUAGACGUGUGCCCUUCCCCUUUUUGCUGCACCCCUGUUGUCCCUCACCCCCCAGGAGUUAUUUAUUAUCUUCUUUGUUAACGUCAAGCUCAUUUGGGGUGAGGUGAUGACUGUCUAGGUUUACAUGACCCUUCUCUCCCUUCCCUACCCCUAAAUAUGUAUAUGUACAUAUAUAUGUAUAUAUUCUACCUACAUAAUAUAUAUAUAUACACAUAUAUGUAUAUAUUCCUAUGUUUCUUUGCCUGCUAAAAAUUGGCCAUGAAAGGGGAAGCAGCCUUUAAUACAUAAGUCUAAGGAGAGUGCCAGGGAACAUUAUAAUGGAGGCUUUUGCAUCUGUUGCACCAUUUGCAGUUGAGAGAAGAAGGCUUUUCUUAGUCUGCGCCUCACAAGAGGGGGGCACCCAGUUCUCCAGGUUCCCCCUCAGGUGGACUCCAGGCCAGGUCGGCCGAACUGUCGCGCAGGAGUCGUCCUGCCUGCUUUCAACAAAGGGCCCUCAUGUUGUUCUUUUCCCCACCUGUGAGAAUACGUCCUCAAACAACUAUCAGAAGAGGGUGGGCAGCUGAAACUUGUAGGGUAGUUCCCAGUACCUGGGAACAGACUGAAAAGGGAAUCCUUUAAAUAAAAUAACUUCAAGGUAUAUUUAUACUCUUGGAGGUAAUGAGUUUGUCUAUUAAACAUUGGAGUUUUCUCUAGCCCUAACUUACCCCAUGUCUCCUCCAAGCUGUAUUUCUAAACCCGGGCAGGAACUGGUGGAUUUGAAUUCCCUUUGGGCUGUGAGCUCCUGUCUUUCCACAGAUGCUUAUUGAAGGACUUUCUGUCGGCCCUGCUUUUCUAAAGUUGACAUUGACGUAGUAACAUACUUGGAAUUUUUUUUUUUUUAUUUUAUUUUAAAUAUUCUUUUUCGCCACUGGGCCUGCAUGAUUCCUCUGCUCCCAGCAGACUGUGUGUGUCUGUUUAGGUAGAGGAUGAUAGGCAGGGAGAGAGAGGAGAAAUACCAAAAGAAGCCUCCCCAUGCAGGUGCUCCUAUAUGGUGAUCAGAGGUCCACACCCGGCAGUGUGAGCUCUCUCCUUCCUAGUCCCUUGGAUGUUGUUUUCCCUUCCCAUUCUUUCCUCUUCCUUCCUCCCUUAACUGUAAGCCUGAGAGUUGUUCCUUCUAGAGAGGCAGAUGGAAAACCUUAAAAUCAGCAACACCCCUAAAAAACUGGCAUCUCAGGCCAGAUGCUUGGCUUUGUCCUAGCUAAGACAUAGGGGACCUUCCCCUGUGUCUCUGGGGGUCCAUCAGUUCUGUAAAUUCAAAUGCAAUCUGGUGCCCAGACUCAGAUCUUUAAAGAAACUGUCUUCUCAUCUAACCAGUCUGCAACCCCAUUUCCCCCAGUUCUAGAUUGGAUGGGUAGAGGUUGACUGAGAGCAAAGGCAGCCUGCUCUUGGAAGAUAAGGCUUUAGAGGGAAGUGUACACAAGAGUGUGAUGCUGAGGAUUCUGGAGGAACUGGAUUCCUGAGUCCCAGAUUAUAAGAAGGCAUCCCAGAAAUUAGACAAUGUAUCAGUGGUUUUUGCUUUUUAAUUAGCCAUUCAGUUUCUUGGCCCCUCCCC